CAAGAUAUGAGUGUGAACACCUGUAUCACUAUCCUCCAAAACCCCGCCCUGAUGCACAUCUCAAAUUAUUAUUCGCGUUAUAUAUACAAGACCAAUCGCGGCGAGUAGUUACACAAUCCUGCGCCGAAAUCAUUGAUGUUCUUCUAUUGCAUUCUUCUGCUCCCAGUGCCGUUGUCAUGUAAAUACCGGUACCGACGCCGGUUUGCUGUGUUCCCCCCCGAUCUCAACGGACGCUGCACUUACAGCACUCCCCCCCCGCAAGUUACGAACGCGACUAGUAACUUACGUGGAGAAACAUAUGAACGUUUUCCCCGCUAUACCCCUAACUUGGUCCUUCUUUCCCCGCCAAUUGCCUUUCUCCGGGGCCCUAGUAUUCCGCUAUCCUACUGUGAUCUGCUUGGUGGGAGUUUGUGGCCGACCGACACUCAACUAAUCUUACGACUUGGUCUAGUAGACUACCGGUGAUAAAUGCGGGCGGUGUGUAGUACCGGUUCUGUGCCCGCUGCCGCUUGAAAACAAUUUCGAACUUCCAAGGGAGUAACGAGAAACGGGCUGCCUGGCAGUAGUGCGGUACUUGCUAUUGGUACAUGGAGGGUCAGCUAAGUACCGGUAGGAUUGAGCGAUAUUCCUUCUUGCAAUCAUUUGAUAGCAGACAAAGGGAUUCAGACCUCGUUGAGUAAACCUCCUUAGAGCUAGACAGAUUUCUGCCGGGUGACUCCAUGUGCUCAGAGCACCGGCAAAUUUAAUAAGCGGCCCUAUAGAUUGUUUAGACCAUGAUAGUACUGUACGUGUAAAUAGAAAAUCUGUCUUUUUUGUUCAUGAAAUACUCUGUCCUCCCGACUAUCAUAUCAAGGCUCAGUAUUAUUACUGGGGUGUUCUCCCGAAUAUUUGUGUGAAACACCGUUCUCCCUUCUCAUUGCAUGUUCGCUGUGUCGAUAGCGGGGUAAAUUAUCGCAUCGAACAAUCACAAAACAGCACCUGGCACAGACCGACCACUCUCGAGCUUGCUGACUAAUAUUCUCGUCGGUAGGCAAACUCAGUUUAAUCGCUUUCCACCACGAGCCUUCUUUACGAUUACUCCCCCUCCUCCCCCCCUCUUCCCACUGUUCUCCUUGGCCGUCGAAAUGGCUUUCGUAGCGCUAGCUACAUUAAUAGCACUGAUAUGGAUGUGUUACCGUGCAUCCUCCUUGUUCAAAAUCCCCAUUCCGGCCCUUGUUAAACUGCUUGGACUUGAUCUCCCUGACCCUCCACGAGUAUCGUUACAUGGGAUUGCGGCGGAUACGAUCACGCUUCACUGGUCACUACCCGAGAAGGCUGGUUCUGUGGCGAAACAUAUCAUCCAGAUUAACGGGAUCAAUGUUGGUGAGAGUGAGAAACGGGGGGAAACAAGUGUCACAGUUACCGGGCUAAAUGCGGAUCAUCUUUACAAUGUCCGAGUUAUUGCUGCGAAUUCUCAGAAUUUUCAGGCUCCGGGUCAACUGAUCCGUCUAAGGACCCGUCGAGUAUCGCAGGCUUCAAAUGGGGGCGCGCCACUUGCAACUGGACGUGAUUCAAGUGACGAUUUACCGGCGAUCCAUGCCCUACCGCCAGCCCUGGAACCUCAGCCACCGCAUCACCACCAUCACCAUCAUAGCGCUAGCGGCAGCGGCAACAGCAACGGCAACAACAAUAAUAGUACUAGUAAUCAUAGGAGGGCUGCAAAGGAAAGGAAGAGUUCCCCUGCUUCGCUAGGACAACAGGGCCAGACCGAACCCCCAGCCGAAGAACAGCACACUGUUGAAUCACUUACGGCUUCAUUGGAGAUUGUGAGACAGGAGAUUGCUGAAACGGAUGCUCAAUUAGCGCAUACAGAGGAAGAAUUCAAGGCCGCAGAGGCAGUACUACGCGGUGAAUUAGAUCUCUUGAAGGAGAGGAAGAAUGAAGAGGACUUGGGGAGACAGAAAUUGCGUGCGGAGACGAGGGCAUUAGAGGAGGGAAAGCGUGCUUCUGAGGCGACUCGGUCGAAGACGGAGAGGGCAUUGAAGAGCAAAGAAGAUGAGAUCAAGAAAAUGAGAAAUGACUCUCUGCGAUGGGAUGAGGAACGUGUUGCAGCCCUACAGAGGGUCAAGGAGCUAUCCAAGGCUGCAGAAGAAUCUAGGAAGCAUGCGCAGAUCACAGAGCGGGAGCUCCAAGAGGAGAUGAAAGAGACACAGAAAGCGAUCCUUGAGAUGGAAGAAGAAAUAAGGACUCGUGCUGGAAGCAUCAAGGUACUUGAGGCACAGAGAGAGCUAUGGAAAGCAGAAGAGGAGGUCGAGAGCAAGAAGAUGGCCGAAGAUGAGCAAAAGGAGAUGGUGUGGAAGGAGCGUCAAAGGCACUUGGAGGUGCGUUACAUUACUGUUUAUAAUGCAUAUCAAGUGGCCGAAUUCGAUUAUAUGCGGUCCAGAGAUGCAUUUCUGAGCUCUCAAAGCCGGCGAGGGAGUGCUGGGACAGAUCCCAUCGUCCUUCCUGCGAAAAAGGCCAAGCAACGACGAAAUCGUAACCGCAAGUCCCGCACUCAGACUAUCUCUAGUCCCACGGGCGCUGUGGCCCCACAAGACGCUCGCUUCCCAGAAGUUCCUGCUGGUGGCAUGUCUAUUGGCCAAAUGAAUACCCCAUUCUCUGGUGGCGUGAAUCCUAGUCCCUUUUUCAACAUUGCGAACGGGACUGUAGGAGCCCCAACGGAACCCCCUGGGCCGCCCCUCAAGGCUUCAUUUUUCGUGGAUCUUGAUAGAAUGGGUGGGCGCGCGCCUAUGAGCCCUACCGCAAAUUCGCUGCUGCCUUCAAACCUGUUUGCGUUCGAUGACUCUCUACCUAGUCCAAAGGGCAGCGCUUCACUCCUUGAAGAUGGCCAAUCACGAUAUUCUGGUAUCGACCCGCUUGGCUUCAUGGCUCCUCAAUCGCCCAUGUCGUCGGGCUCGGUAUCCACUCAUGUUUCGUCUCCGAGAAGUAGCUUUCACCACAUCCCCAUGUUCCCAAACAUGUCUUCGGAUGGUAAUCCGGGUGAUGCCGAGCGUGGCAAUAGUAUACCACUUCUUGACAGCGGGCUGGGUCAACUAGGUUCAAGUGAAGAAGAGAACAUUUCAGGUGGUCGGCGUUUCGUCAAGUUGUUCUCUCGCCAGCGCGGCAAGACUAUUCCGCUGGACGGUGGGCCACCACUUGGGUCGCUGAAACCGAACGAAUCUCAUUCGUUCCCGAAAGGUCCACAUCCACCUGGCCUAGAUCCAAUUGGCACAAGAAGACGCAGUGGCUCUUAUGGAAGCUGGACAACGGGCCUAGAAUUCCUCCACGGCGGGCGCAAGAAGCCUCUCGAGAGGAAUGAUAGUAGCAGUAGCCGGCGCUCUGGUUUCAAUCAUUUCAGUCCUAGCUUCGAUCCCAUAGAACCCGGCAAGCUCUUGGACACCACCGUAUCACCCCGCCCUUCUUCGAUCGCUUCCUUCGACAACCUCCUCCCCGCACCAUCCUCCGACGUUUCCGCGGCUUUCGGCUGGCCCGCCGCACCACCGGCUAUCGAGCAACCUCGGAACCGCACCGAACCCGGGUCGGCCCAUUUCCCAACCGAUCUCACCCAAUGCAAGCACAUCAAUAAACAAUCUCUCCUUCUCCAACCUCCUCUACCAAUCCGCACGCCCGGUAACUCCAAGACUGAACCCCGCGGCGCCAACCUUCGAAGCCCCCGCCGCGCUAAAGGAGGAGAAUGCAUCCUCCGCUAUAUCCAUCAAUACGGAUACGUCCAAUACUUCAAACGUAUCCGAGACGCCGAAGGACUCACUGCUGUCCAGAUUCUCGGCGCUAAGCAAGAAGGGCAGCACAAGUAA